ACCUCAUUGAUUAGAUUCCAUCUGCAUUCUUGACCAAUAGGUAGAAUACAAGUUCCCGACUGCGUCUAAUAUCGCAAUACCCGGUCCGGCAACGUCACAAUGCUGGUCACCACGCGCAGUAGCUGUUAGCUUGUCGCUUUGCCGCAGCGCUAACAGCGGAGUUCCUAUAGGUGUACGAUAACGAAGCGCACGCUCAACUUCGGAUGGUAUACGCGCAACUUGGCGGUAUCCUCUCGUGUUAGCUGGACAUUUAGUAAAGCCUACUUAUUUAGCCUAUACAACUUGGUAGACUCUGCUUCACCGUUGCUUUGCUUUUGAGCAUCGAGGACUGUCUUUCCCACACUAUAAUCAUCCCUCACAAUUCCCAUGGACGACCACGGCGCACGAUACAUCAAUGCAAGCCCUUUAGUAAUGGCUCCCAUUUCGACAGCCACAAGGCAGCGAGCUACUCCAAUCACACAACAAAGCGAUCGAUAUCGACGACCGUGUACGCCUGCGUCGCUAAACCUAUCGGAAAACCAGAAAACAUCGCUUGACUUCACACAACGGAUCGAGAGAAAGUUAGCAGAAUACAACGCAUCCGAUAACAUCUUCAAGAGAUGGUUGUUUGAAGUGUCGAGUUGGCUCGUCAGCGCAUGUUCCAUGAUCGCGAUAGUCUUGAUAUAUGUCCGUAUCAAAGACCAACCAAUGUCCUCAAGCGGUGCCUUCCUUACUUGGACUAACGUGCUCGGAAAGAUUGCUUCUGCUGCUUUGAUAGUUCCAACAACUGAGGCUCUCGGCCAGUUGAAGUGGAACUGGUUUCACAACUCCAAAGCUAUGUGGGAUUUCGAGAUCUUCGACAAAGCCUCUCGUGGCCCACUAGGGGCACUAAUGCUUCUCUAUCGUACCAAAGGCCGCUCAUUAGCAGCGCUUGGUGCUCUCUUGAUACUUCUGCUCCUUGCUAUCGAUACAUUCUUCCAACAAGUCGUCGAGAUUUCUGACCGUUGGACUCUCCAGGCAACUCUCGCGGCAGCACCUAAGGCAUACACAUACGAAACUGGCUGGCCAAAAGAGUACCUGGACGGUAUCGAGAAUGCUUCAGACGAUAAGGACACGUUCUUGGUGAUCGAAAAGUUUUCCUAUGGCGACGGGAUUCGGCCAGUCUUAUUCGGAAACGCUGUUCGCCCCGACAUCUCCAUUUUUUGCCCAACCAGCAAUUGUACAUGGCCUUCAUACAAAACACUUGGUGUUUGCAGUCAAUGUGCGGACAUAUCCGCUGAUCUCUCAUUCGCAUGUUUGUCGCACACUGUAGACUGGACAGCAGAUUCACAGGGUUUGUUCGAUCUUGAGAAGCCGUAUCCUAACGCAACGGCAUGUGGUUAUUUCCUAAAUGCGACAAGUGACAAUCCGACGUUGAUGUCAGGAUAUCUAUGGGACACGGGCAAUUUGACUGCCGGCGAAGCCCUUGUCAUGCGCACUCUGCCACUGACUCGUGUAACCUCGAAGGAACCUUUGUAUGGUAAUGGCUCAGUCCAUUUCAAAAACAUUCGUCACAAGAUCCAAGACGUUUUCAUCGUAUCCACGAGCGAUGGUACAGCUGGAUCUGUGUACCGAAACGAGACCCCCGUGGCGCAAGAGUGUCAUCUCUCUUGGUGCAUAAAAACCAUGAGAUCGUCAUACACAUCGGGUGGGUAUAGUGAGGAGGUUCUUGACACAGUCUUCAACACUACAGCUGGCCCAUUCCCUUGGCAAUCCUUCCCUGCCAAUGACGAGACUGGGGAGUAUUUCGACAUAUUUUACAUGGAUGAUAUUACUCUCGAAGUAGAAGAUAUCACUGAUGGUUCCAAGCCUGCCAAAUUUGGAGUCUCAAACACCACCGCUCUGUCGAUAAUGCAGGGCUUCACCGAUAUAUUCCCAGCGUAUACUACUCAGGCCAACGAAUCAGCUCCUCCUAUUCUGCGAUACAAGACAUGGAGGACCGGCCCCCCAUGGCAUCUGACGCUCUUUUUCAACCCGUGGGUUGCUCCAAACAACGUUACGAGACACAUGGAAAGGCUGGCUACAGCGCUGACGAAUAUAAUACGAUCAGCACCUAGUCAUCAGGACGUUGAUGGUCAUGCCUUCUCCAAAGAAACUUUCGUGCUAGUGAGGUGGGAAUGGCUCACAUUCCCACUUGUCUUGCUGGUCCUAAGCUUUGUCUUUCUGGUUUCAACGAUCGUCAAAACGUCUAAGGAUACAGGAGCAGGCAUCUGGAAGACGUCUGCGAUGCCGACCCUUAUCUACAGCCUACCAAAGGAAAUGCAGGCCCAGUUUACCGAACCGAAAACCUGGGAUAGUUCGCAGGAGACGAAAAAAUUCCGCAUAAGGCUGCUACCAAAGACGGGGUGGAGAGUUUCUGGUCAGAGUCAACUGAGUAGCUCACCACAACUACCACACCCUACUGUUCAGGCGCCACGUGGUUGGAUAUGA